CCCACGUGAAAUGUAGGAUAUGACUGUCAGUGGAAUAUACCAGCCGGCUGUAUCGAUUUUUAGACUUAAAAAGAACAAACAUCAACAACAAUGGACAUUCAACCUUUGAUAAGGAUCUGUAUGAAAUGGAAAGCAGUUUGCCAAGGUUUCAGCAGCUCAGGAGAACAGAACCAACUUCAAACCGAACUCUUAUUGGUACCCUCGUUGUCAUGGGAAUACUUCAAGUGGCAUCAAGCGUUGCGGUUGUGCUUCACUUGACAGGCCAUCUUCAACAGGUCACAGAGGCCAGACCAGGCAGAGUUGAGACUUCGGAUGAGCUACAGACUAAGGAACCACAGAGGUGCACCAAAAAACACCGGGAGGUCACACCAUCAGCCCACUUGUCCGUUCAGCCUCCGAGCGGACGUGUUCAGAGGGACAUCCAGGCCACCAUGAUUCACUGGGAUCAUGCCCGAGGACACCUGUCCAAGAUUGGGUACCACGACGGCAGAAUCCUGGUCCAGGAGGGAGGCCUGUACUACAUCUACGCCAAGACCUGCUUCAGGUACUCAGACCAGGUGGAGGAGUCGCUGUUGCAGUCUGAGUCUCCAAGGAGAGACGGGACCUCUACAGUGCCUGGUAUUCACAGAGGAGAUAGAGAUGGGGCCCUGCUCAUACAGUAUGUGUUCCGUGAGCGGUACAGUCCCAGCAGUCCCCUCAGGCAAGCGGUGCUGAUGAAGAGCGGCAGCACCAGGUACUGGCAGAGGGGCCACUACCACAUGUGUUGCCAACAGCAGGGAGGGGCCUUCCCCCUGGGGCCUGGGGAUGGUCUCUAUGUCUCUGUGUCCAAUUCCUGGCUGCUGGACCCAGAGGCUGAGGGAACCUACUUCGGGGCCUUCAGAAUCAGCAGAUGAGAAAGAGAUCCAGGGCACUAACAUAAUAGAUUGUUAACUGACUUCUCAUUAAUUACACUUCCAGGUCAAGGCUGUACAUGACUUGGAAUUCAUGUCUUUUGCGGGACUGUUUGUGGUUGUUAGGUAGCUGGA